GGCGUAGGCCAGCGGCUACAGCUCCGAUUCGACCCCUAGCCCCUGGGAACCUCCAUAUGCCGUGGGUUUGGUCCUAGAAAAGUCAAAAAGAAAAUAAAAGGGUUAAAAAUUAUUUUGUGCAAACUCAUUUGCAACAAAACAUGACCUUAAUGAUGUGAGGCCAUAUAUAGUCUUCAUUUAUUUUACUUUUCACAUAUUUUUCUGCAGGUACAUGAAGAUGCCGCUUGGGAGGUGUUAGGUACCAUAUUACUUUUCUAAAACAUAUGAAUUCCUGGGUCCCAGACACAUCUGGCCCAGGUGUUUCGCAUAAGGAAUUGUGGUCCAAAUUAAGUAUGAUGGAAAAUUUUCUUCAAAGAAUGGCUAUAGUAUAGAGUCUGAUUUUCCAAAGUCUGAUUUGGACUAACAGAGAUUAUAUUCAGUCAAAAAGGAAUUAUAUAAACCACUAAGCCAGUAUUGAUCGAACAUUCGUGGGAUGAGUAGCAUGGUAGCAUGUAAAUGAAGCCAGGAUUCACCCGUGAUUAUUAUCCAUCUAUUAUAUAUGAAAGUCAUCCCACACAGCACAGUUGAUGUACUGACACCUGUUUAACAUGUUGGUAUUUAAUUUAUUUAUAAUUUCCCCUGUGCUGUAGCUUACCAGCGAAUUUUUGGAAGAGCUUCUUUAAUGCAAAUUCCAUGGAUUGAUUGAUUGAUUGAUUGAUUGAUUGCAGGGCGUUCAUAAGAAUGGAAGCACUGUUUCCUUGCCAGAGUCCCGAUUGCUGUAUCUUACGAAGCCACAUAAUCUUGAGGGAGAGCCUGUGACUGAACGAUGACAAACCUGUCACCAGCCUGGCAACAGCAGUCUAUGGGCAAAAACGAAUCACAAUAAAGAAGCAUUUCUAUUUCUGUUCAGCGAAGAAGUCAUUUCAGUCAGCCACGCCGGCUGCAUUAUUUUUCCAAGAUGAACCGAUACACAACCAUGAGACAGUUGGGAGACGGUACCUAUGGGAGCGUGCUGAUGGGCAAGAGUAACGAAUCGGGCGAGCUGGUGGCCAUCAAAAGAAUGAAGAGAAAGUUCUAUUCUUGGGAUGAAUGUAUGAACUUGAGAGAAGUUAAGUCUCUGAAGAAACUUAAUCAUGCCAAUGUGAUUAAACUGAAAGAAGUUAUCCGAGAAAAUGACCAUCUUUAUUUUAUAUUUGAAUAUAUGAAAGAAAACCUCUAUCAAUUAAUGAAAGACAGAAACAAGUUGUUCCCUGAGUCUGUCAUCAGAAAUAUUAUGUAUCAAAUAUUGCAAGGGCUGGCAUUUAUCCAUAAACAUGGUUUUUUUCACAGGGAUAUGAAACCAGAAAACUUGCUCUGCAUGGGCCCAGAACUUGUGAAAAUUGCUGAUUUUGGACUUGCGCGAGAAUUAAGGUCACAGCCACCAUAUACCGAUUAUGUAUCCACCAGAUGGUAUCGUGCUCCUGAAGUUUUAUUAAGAUCUUCAGUUUACAGCUCUCCCAUCGAUGUGUGGGCUGUUGGGAGUAUAAUGGCUGAACUGUAUACGCUAAGACCUCUUUUCCCCGGGACCAGCGAGGUCGAUGAAAUCUUUAAGAUUUGCCAAGUUUUAGGGACGCCCAAAAAAAGCGACUGGCCAGAAGGGUACCAGCUGGCAUCCUCUAUGAAUUUCCGCUUUCCCCAGUGUGCGCCCAUAAACUUAAAAACUCUUAUUCCCAAUGCCAGUAACGAAGCUAUUCAGCUUAUGACUGAAAUGUUGAGUUGGGAUCCAAAGAAACGACCAACAGCCAGCCAGGCACUGAAACACCCAUAUUUUCAAGUUGGUCAAGUCUUAGGCCCCUCCUCGCAUCAUCUGGAAUCGAAACAGCCUUUAAAUAAGCAGGUGCAACCACUAGAAUCAAAGCCAUCUGUAGGUGACCUCGAACCUAAGCUUCUGCCAGACAUAAAUGAUCAGACGGCCGGACAGCCCCAGCCGAGAAACAGCCACCAGCCACUGCAGUCCAUCCAGCCGCCGCAGGACACGAGUGGCCAGCAAGCCCCAAAGCAGCAGAGUCAACAGAAACAGCCCCAAACGCUAUUUCCACGUAUCGUCAAAAACAUGCCAAUCAAGCCCAACGGCACUCUGGGCCACAAAGGUGCCAGGAGGCGCUGGGGUCCGACUGUGUUCAAGGCUGGAGACAGCGGGGAAGAGUCUGAGGACUAUGAUUUCGGAGCCUCCCAUUCCAAGAAGCCAAGCAUGGGUGUUUUCAAAGAGACCAGGAGAAAAGACUCUCCAUUUCGGCUCCCAGAGCCGGUACCCACAGGCUCCAACCACUCAUCGGGGGAGAACAAGAGCUUAACUGCUGCCGGUUCCCUAAAAUCUGACUCUGAAUUGUCGACUGCUUCAGCAGCUAAACAGUACUAUUUGAAACAAUCCAGAUACCUUCCAGGUGUAAAUCCCAAGAACGUAUCCUUGGUAACCAGAGGGAAGGACAUAAACCCCUAUUCCUGGAAUAACCAGUUAUUUCCAAAGUCACUGGGACCCAUUGGGGCAGAACUUGCUUUCAAAAGGAAUAAUGCAGAAGAAAGCAUAAUUAAACCAAUUGAAAAGCUAUCAUGCAAUGAAAGUUUCCCUGAAAAAUUAGAGGACCCACAAGGAACUCUUGGAAGUUAUGCUACUUACAAUCAGUCGGGAUAUAUUCCUUCCUUUCUCAAAAAAGAAGUGGGGUCGGCUGGCCAGAGGAUACCCUUGGUCCCUCUUGGUGCAACAGCUUCAGAGUAUUCCUGGAACACAAAAAUGGGUCGGGGGCAGUUUUCAGGACCUACUUAUAAUCCUACAGCCAAGAAUCUAAACAUGGUGAACCGCGCACAGCCAGUCCCCUCCGUGCACGGGAGGACAGACUGGGUGGCCAAGUACGGAGGCCACCGGUAGGCGUCCAGGGCGUCUCUGCAGGUCCCCGGGUCCUGGGAAAUGUCUACAGAUAUCUAUUUCUGCUGAGUUCUGGAAGAACUAUGUAACAGUGGGCAAUCUGAAGAGCAAACAUCACCUCCUGUUUCUUUCCAAGAAAUGAAAUGCAUUUUCCUAGCAUCAUUGCCCACUGCUGAUAUAUGGAUAGGACUUUACAAAGUAUUGAAUAAACUAUUUGCCAAAACACCAAGUAUUUUAUCUACAAAUGACUAGACACUAAGUAUGAUAAGAAGCGUUUUAAAAAUGCCUCUGGAUAUAAGUGUUUAGUGUUUUAGCUUUCCCUUGCCAUGUAUUUGCCUAAACUAUUUACUGUUUCAUCAUUUGACCUCUGAGGUUUGUUUUGGCUCCUCCCCCCCGCCCCCGGCGAUUAGCAGAUGGCUGUGGACUGUCCGUCGUUUUUCUUAUUUGGCCAAGACUCUACCAUGUUGGCAAUGGCAGAAAGACGGUAAUUUAUCACUUGUUUUUCUACUUUAAAUUUAUGAAAGCAGUGGUAAUUCUAAACUUGAGCAGAAUGUUCUUAGAAAUAAUUUUUUCUUUAACAUGAAAGAUUUCAAAAUUACACCACCUGGAUUUGGUGAAGAAGGCGUCUGUUGGCUGAUUUUGACCAAUACAACUGCUGUGAGUUCACAAAGACUAUCAAACCCAAUUGUUCCAUGACUCCUAAAUUAACCAAGUCAGGAUUCUGUCAUCUUCACAGCAGGUGUGUUCAUCAGACUUGCAAAAUACACCUGCGUUGCCACCAGGCACAAAGAUGAGGUAUGUCAGCUUGUUCCCCAAAGCAAACUCUUGCUGCUGAUCACUGACCUCGCUCUGACCUUCACAUCUGCUCUGAAGAGCAAAUGCAUUCAGUUGCUACAGCAGUGAGGUCACUUAGUACACGUUUUCUUAGUUUUAUUUCUAAGUUGGUAUUUGAAAUAGACAUUUUGAGCACAGGACCACUCUAUUUACGCCUGUCACUUUUAUGGACUGCAUAAAGAAUAGUGUCAUCAACCUGCUGAUAUUUAAUGUAUUUUGUGACUUUGUAACAAAUGCUAAUGCAAUUGGUAUCAUCUUGUGGACAUUAUACAAAAGCACAUUAUAUAAUAAUAACAUCGUAUUUUUGUACAGAAGAUUCAGCUCACUGUAUGGAAAGAUGUUCAAAUCUAAAGAGUAAUUUAUGUUAGUGGUAAUGGUUAUAUAAAUUUGUACAGUUUUAAUAAAUGUCUCGAAGCUAAAAUA